CAGAAAAUUAACUUGUAGCAAACAGGAGACCGUAGGUAGUCUUCAAUUCAGUCCACUCAGCGAAGGAAUAAAGCACGGAGCAGCUAGCUAACAAGCCACAUCUUUGCGCGUACACGUACACGCGCUGCAGCCUCUUUCAUUCAUAGUGCCGCAAACUUGCCUUAGUGCGUAACUAAGAUGUAGAAAUCCAAUAAAUUGUUUCUGCCUAACGGAUCUGAAGAUUAAAUAUUAGUGCGGUGUUGGUCAACGGAUGUAUUUUUUUUAUAUAUAAAUUGGCUACUCAUCUUAAGUGCGCACUUAUGGUGAAAUGGAGUCGAUGUGGACGUUUAUAAUUUUACGCGUGUGUCUUUCCGCGUUGCAAAUUCAAACACGAACGCUGCCAAACGAGCCUCCGAAUUCGACUGAGAUGCCAUGGGGAGGAUUGGCUGGAACAACGGAUGCCAGCUGGCGAGGAAGCACCGGUGAUGAUGGCGGAGAACCGACGGCUACCAUGCCUGGCGAGCACGGUGAAGAGACCGUACCUUCUGUUCAACUCACAUCUCAUGCAAUGGGUGAAGAUGCAAGCACCGUUCCGAGCGACGCAUACCAAAGCGGUGAAUUGGUUUCCGGGGUAAAUGGCACGGACGGCCCAACUCCGAGUGUCCGGACCUCUGAUGCACCGAGUGGUACCGUGAAUACCCCGUUGGCUGCCCCACGCCCCAACAUGACAAACACGGUGCCCGGUGAUGUUUCCACCACGGAGUUGCCGACUCAAGAGAAGAUACCCAUCUACAUCGGUGGUUACUUUAGUUUCGGUGGAGGAUGGGAGGGAAGCGGGAUGCUACCAGCCUGUCAGAUGGCUCUAGAUCACAUCAACCAGCGGGCGGAUGUGCUACCAGGGUACGAGUUGAAGAUGGUUUGGAACGAUACUCAAUGUGAGGCUGGUCUGGGAACUCGAGUCUUCUUCGAUCAACUUUUCCGCGAGCCCAAGAAGACCAUGAUCCUCGGUGCACCCUGCUCGCCCGCCUCCCAGAUCAUCUCUGGCACCGCCUACUACUGGAACCUCAUCGCGAUUUCUCCUUCGGCUGCAUCUCCCGGCUUGUCCAACCGUGAGAAGUAUCCCCUGUUCUAUCGCACCUACAUGCCAGACGCCAUGUUUAAUCCCGUGAGAAUCCGCCUAAUGCGAGAGUUCGGCUGGAAGAGAGUGGCUACGAUCCAUGAGAACCACGAAGUCUUUUCACUGGCUAUCGACGACCUUUUGACCCUGCUGAAAGAAGCAAACAUCACCGUCAUCUCAUCGGAAAGCUUCUCCGAAGAUCCGAAGAACCAGAUAGAAAGUCUUAAGAGUCAGGAUGCCAAGAUCAUCAUUGGUAACAUGUAUGCCCACAUGGCUAGACGACUGUUCUGUGAGGCUUAUAAGCAGGGUAUGACUAGUGCUGACUACGUUUGGAUGCUGAUUGGCUGGUACAAAGACAAAUGGUGGUUGGACGAUGACGACACGAUCACGUGCUCCGUCGAUGAGAUGAGGAUGGCCGUAGAGGGCGUGCAGUACAUAUCCACAGAGUCUCUCCCGCUGAGCACGUCAAAGGAGCCGACAGUGGCUGGAAUUACUCCUGCCGAGUACGAGACGUUGUAUCAGGACCGUAUGUCGUGGCCAGAGAAUCAGGGGUAUAGAUGGAACAGUCUCGGCCCGUUCGUGUACGACGCUGCAUGGGCCAUUGCCUUGACAUUCAACAAAUCCGUGGAGGUUCUCAAGACAAAAAGGUUUUCGGACGGCAGUUUCAGGCGCCUGGAGGACUUUACCUAUGACGACAAAGAAAUGGCGGAGUUGUUCUUUAAUCUGCUGAACGAAACGGAGUUUAAAGGCGUGUCUGGACCUGUAGCAUUCAAGCAAGGCGACAGAGUCGGAAUCACACAAAUAGAACAAUUACAAGGUUCCUGCUCGGAGGGGUGGGAGAAACACCGGGCCACGUGCUUCAAGUUUGUAGCGGAACCCAUGCUUCGGUCUGCCCAGGCCCAGGCCCACUGCGCCUCACUCAGCCCCGGUGCUUCACUCGCCCACAUCGGUAACGAGAAUGAACACGACUUCCUCAGCAAUGUGUCCAACUCAAGAGUGAUAGAUUCCCCACAAAAGUGGUUGGUGACUGUUUUACACGAGUCUGGUGGUGCGAAGAAUGCUUCUUGGACCCCCCACGAUAGUCCGGCUGACGUCACUGACAACAGCGCGUGCGUAGUCGUCGAUUAUCAACAAGACGGGAGAUUGCAGACAAUAGACUGUAACGAACUGAUGCCGUUCAUUUGCCGCGUUCGCGCAGAGUUUUCUGAAAAGCAGAUUGCGUUUUACAGUGCACUCGAUGACACUUUAGAAUGGCGGAGUGAUAUCGAAUGGCCGGGUGAGGGGCCGCCAUUGGAUCGUACCCCGGUGAUCAUCGUGGAGAUCAUACGGCAGUAUCUAGGCGUGACGCCCACCCUGUAUUUCUGCAUCUGUGGAGUGGCUGCAUUCUGUAUCGUGGCUUCGCUCUGUUUCUUGGCAUUUAACAUCAAGUAUCGCCAACAGAGGCACGUGAAGAUGUCGAGUCCCAAUCUGAACAAUUUGAUCAUCGUUGGUGCACUGCUGGUCUACAUGUUUGUUAUCGUUGCCGGGCUGGAUACCAACCUUGUCUCCGACGAAGUCUUUGUUAUUCUCUGCCAUGUGAAGACAUGGGUUCUAUCCGUGGGUUUUGUGCUGGCAUUCGGUGCGAUGUUCAGCAAGACAUGGAGAGUACAUCGCGUGGCCGCCUUCAAAACUCCUAAACGAAGGAUCGUGACGGACGGGCAGCUUUUUCUCAUGGUUUUUGUCCUCCUGUCGAUUGACGUCAUCAUUCUGACGUUAUGGCAGUUGAUAGACCCGGUAGUCAUGGAAACCAUGGAUCUCUAUCCGCAGGAUGACCCUGAGAUUCCGAAUCGUGUCAUACAGCAAUACGUACAGUUCUGUACCUGCGACACGUUGACGUAUUGGCUAGGUGCACUGUACGGAUACAAAGGAUUGCUGCUGAUAUUUGGCACGUUCUUGGCGUGGGAAACGCGUAAGGUGAGCAUCCCGGGUCUGAACGACAGUAAACUGAUCGGUGUCAGUGUCUACAAUGUCAUCAUUCUGUGCCUCAUUGGCGUGGCUGUCAGUGUCGUCAUCAGUACCAAUCCUGAGGCACUCUUCGCCUUCGUGUCCUGCAUCAUCCUCUUCUGUACCAGCAUCACACUUAUCGUGGUCUUCGUGCCUAAGAUCAUUGCGGUAGUGAAAUACCCGGAUGGGGAUCCUGCCCAAUCCGGAAUAUCACGCUCUAAGAAUGCCGUCAACAGGACGUUGAAUAGCGGGACGGGAACAAACACGAGCUUGACCGCGGAAAAUGACCAAUUGAAAACGAGAAUCCAAGAGCUUGAGAGCCAGUUAGACGAGCUGAAGGGACGAGGCAGCUCGCGCGUACUGCCAGGGAACGGCAGGGGCUUUGGUUGCUGGACGUGUGGUCUGGUCUGUGGCUUUUCUCCUUCCAGGGACUAUACUACUGAAUCGGGAACCGAGGAGUCACAGCUGCCUGAUCUUGAUACUCCCGCUGGAAGUAGCACGGCAACCGCCAGAAUGUAGUGCUCACCUGGAUGCGGCUGAACUUAAGGGUCCAUGAGAUGAAUUGUCUUAGGAACACGUUUUCUGCAACUUGCUACUCCUCUUAAAUGUAUGAAAGCUGAUGCUGAA